AGACCCCAAUUGAACCCUGGACUCUUCAGUCGGUGGGGCUGAUGCUCUAUCCACUGAGCCAACCCGGCCAGCGCUCUCAUUUUUAAACUGGAAGUUGGGCUGGUUGAUUUCUAGGUUCUCUUGCAGCCUGUCAUGCAGACCAGCAGUCUGAGUGUGGGGCCUCUGCUGCUGGCUUUACUGUCAGAGCUGGUUCCCGGGGGUCAGCCACUCUCCUUUGGUGACUUCCCACUCCAGCUUCGGGACCCGAGUUGUGGCUCCCCGGAGAGCUGGAGUUGGCUGCGUGGAAAUUAUCUCUCACUGACUGAAAAUGCAGGAAGCUUGAGCUUGAAACUCGCUCGUCAAAAAGAAAAAAACACACACAGAGCAAGAAACCACAGGGCUUAUCAGCCUGUCGUCAUCAGGCAGACUAGAAUAGUGCAGAGAACUCUAGGCAGAGAGGAAAUGAACUUGAGAGAAGGGGGAACACACAGGGCAGAGAGGAGAGAAAGAGGGCGGGAGGGGAAGGCGCAGGCUGCAGGGCAGGGCCCGCCAUGGUGGGAGGAUGGAAGACGUGGUGGUGAAGCAGGGCUUCCUGUACCUUCAGCAGCAGCAGACGUUUGGAAAGAAAUGGCGCAGGUUUGGGGCCAUGCUGUACGGCCAGUCGGGCUGCGCCCUGGCCCGGCUGGAGCUGCAGGAGGGCCCGGAGAAGCCGCGUCGGGGAGAGGCCGCCCGCAGGGUGAUCCGCCUCAGUGACUGCCUGCGGGUGACGGAGGCCGGCGGGGAGGCCAGCAGCCCCCGGGACACCAGCGCCUUCUUCCUGGAGACCCGGGAGCGCCUGUACCUGCUGGCGGCCCCCACUGCCGAGCGUGGCCCCUGGAUGCAGGCCAUCUGCCUGCUGGCCUUCCCGGGCCAGCAGAAGGAGCUGCCGGGGCCGGAGGGCCAGGGCGGCGGACCCUGCAUGGAGGAGAAUGAGCUGUACAGCAGCACGACCACAGGGGCCCCCUGCAAGGAGUUUGCUGUGACCGUGAGGCCCACGGAGGCCAGCGAGAGGUGCCGGCUCCGGGGGGCCUACACCCUCCGGAUAGGAAAGGGGGCCCUGGAGCUGUGGGGGGGCCCUGAGCCGCGGGCCCUUGUGUACGACUGGCCCUACCGGUUUCUGCGGCGCUUUGGGCGCGACAAGGUAACCUUUUCCUUCGAGGCUGGGCGGCGCUGCGUCUCUGGAGAGGGCAACUUUGAGUUCGAAUCCCGGCAGGGCAAUGAGAUCUUUUUGGCCCUGGAAGAGGCCAUCAUCGCCCAGAAGAAUGUGCCUCCCGCUGGGCCGCCAACCCAGCCAGCCCCAGCCCCAGCCCCAGUCACAGGCCUCGGAGCGCUGCCCAGGCCCGAGAGCCCGUACUCCCGGCCCCACGACUCCCUGCCGCCACCUUCACCCAGCACCCCGGGGCCCACCGCCCGGCCCCGCCCGGAGGGGGAGUACGCAGUGCCCUUCGAUGCCGUGGCCCGGAACCUGGGGAAGACCCUGCGGGGCAUCCUGGUGGUCCCGCCCCCGCCCCGGGGGGACCCUCUGUACGACAGCAUCGAGGAGCCCCGGCCCCCACGGCCGUCACCGUCACGAUCCGACCACAUAUACGAUGAGCCCGAGGGGGUGGCCGUCCUGUCCCUGUACGACAGCCCGCAGGAGCCCCAGGGUGAGGCCUGGAGGAGGCAGGCCACAGCCGACGGAGCCCCCGGCGGCCCCCAGCACGGCUACCCCGGGGGGCAGGACUUCCCUGCUUCUGGCCUGCCGCUGGAGACCGAGUAUGACAACGUCAUUCUGAAGAAAGGCCCCAAGUGACGGUGGGCAGAGAGAGUCUGGAGCCCACGGAACGCCAGCUCUGAGGUGGGCGACCACCGGGGAAGGGGGUGGGCUGGAGAGAAGGAGUGGGAGGGGGAAGGCAGGCCUCCCUUCCAGCUGCUGCUGCUGCUCACUCCUCCUGCCCACCUCGUCCCGGGAGCCUCCCCAGGACUCAUCCCUCCCUGGGUCUGCUGGGACUGCUGGGACUGCUGGGUCUGCUGGGUCUGCUGGGUCUGCUGCAUGAGUCAUGAUCCAGAAGCAGGAAGAAUGCCCUGAAGAGACCCACCCUCCUCCUACCCUUUCCCACUUCCCCUUGUUCUUUCCUGGGUCUAAGGGGGUCAACCUCAGGCAUUUAGGACAGAAGACAAAAGCAUGUCAGCAAGUCGCUCCAUUCCUGGGUUUGCACAGGCCUCCGGGCUCGAAGGGGGCGCUGCAGGCGUUGGACUUCUCUGUGGCAUUAAACAUUUCCAAGGUG